ACAUGAGGUUGCAUUAUCAAGAAAGAGGCAAGAAAAGAAACGUAACACACAGAAUACUCACAUACAUUUAACUUAAUGGAGGAGGUGCACAAGGUGGUUGCUCCACCGCAUAGAAGCACGGCGGCGAAGCUGAAGACAAGAUUGAAGGAGACUUUCUUCCCUGACGAUCCUUUAAGACAGUUCAGAGGACAACCGAACCGUACCAAACUCAUACGAGCCGCUCAAUACAUUUUCCCAAUCCUCCAGUGGUGUCCUGAGUACAGCUUCAGACUCCUCAAAUCUGACGUCGUUUCGGGUCUCACCAUCGCCAGUUUAGCUAUUCCUCAGGGGAUAAGUUACGCGAAGCUAGCAAAUUUACCUCCAAUUGUCGGUCUAUACUCGAGCUUUGUGCCACCGUUGGUUUAUGCGGUGUUGGGAAGCUCAAGAGAUCUAGCGGUAGGACCAGUCUCCAUAGCUUCGUUGAUCUUAGGGUCCAUGCUAAGGCAACAAGUAUCUCCCGUAGAGAAUCCUAUUCUCUUUUUACAGCUCGCUUUCACUUCUACCUUCUUUGCUGGUCUCUUUCAAGCCUCUCUUGGAAUCCUCAGGCUUGGAUUUAUAAUCGACUUUCUAUCAAAGGCAACUCUAAUAGGGUUUAUGGCGGGAGCAGCCAUAAUAGUAUCACUGCAACAGCUAAAGGCUCUGCUUGGGAUAACUCAUUUCACUAAGCAAAUGAGUGUAAUCCCUGUUCUCUCCUCUGUUUUCCACCACACCAACGAGUGGUCAUGGCAAACGAUUGUGAUGGGAGUCUGCUUCUUGCUGUUCUUGCUCGCCACACGUCACCUCAGCAUGAAGAAGCCAAAGCUCUUCUGGGUCUCAGCUGGAGCUCCGCUUCUUUCAGUCAUCGUCUCCACGCUUAUAGUCUUUGUCUCCAGAGCCGAUCGUCAUGGCAUCAGCGUCAUUGGGAAACUACAAGAAGGUUUGAAUCCACCGUCUUGGAACAUGCUUCAGUUUCACGGAAGUCAUCUCGGACUCGUUGCCAAAACAGGACUCAUCACCGGAAUCGUCUCCCUCACCGAAGGCAUCGCAGUAGGAAGAACAUUCGCAGCGGUGAAGAACUACCACGUAGACGGAAACAAAGAGAUGAUCGCCAUAGGUCUUAUGAACGUAGUCGGCUCAGCCACUUCAUGCUACGUCACAACCGGAGCUUUCUCUAGAUCAGCGGUUAACAACAACGCCGGGUGUAAAACAGCGGUUUCAAACAUUGUGAUGUCGGUCACCGUUAUGGUUACGCUCCUCUUCUUAAUGCCUCUUUUCGAAUACACUCCCAACGUGGUCCUAGGUGCUAUCAUUGUGACAGCGGUCAUCGGUCUCAUCGACCUUCCCGCGGCUCGUCAUAUAUGGAGGAUUGAUAAGUUUGAUUUCUUGGUGAUGUUAUGUGCAUUCUUUGGUGUUGUUUUCCUAUCGGUCCAAAAUGGUUUAGCUAUUGCGGUGGGACUAUCGUUGUUCAAGUUAUUGAUGCAAGUAACGAGGCCGAAGAUGGUUAUUAUGGGAAAUCUUCCGGGGACUGAUGUGUACCGGAAUCUUCAUCAUUACAAAGAAGCACAGCGGAUUCCAGGGUUCCUUGUCCUAAGCAUUGAAUCUCCUGUCAACUUUGCCAAUUCUAAUUACCUCACCGAAAGGACAUCUCGUUGGAUCGAAGAAUGCGAAGAGGAGGAAGCUCAGGAGAAGCAUUCCAGCCUUCGGUUCUUGAUUCUUGAAAUGUCAGCCGUGAGUGGGGUGGACACAAACGGAGUCUCAUUCUUUAAGGAAUUAAAGAAAACAACGGCAAAGAAGAACAUCGGGCUUGUGUUUGUGAACCCAUUAAGCGAAGUGAUGGAGAAGCUACAAAGAGCUGACGAAGAAGAAGAGUUCAUGAGGUCUGAGUUUCUCUUCUUGACUGUUUCUGAGGCCGUUGCGUCGCUCUCUCUUAAAGGCUCAUCUCUUAAUAACGUUUGACUAUUACUUUUUUGUCGGUCCAAAAUGUGAUAUUUGGACGAUGGUUAAAGUUCCUUUUUAAUCUUUUCAUCCUUUAUUUCAGUACAGUUGUAAUGCUAUGUUGUUCCUUUCUCCAUUAUUGAUUUUGGUGGAAGAAUCUCAAGAUAUAUGUUUUUAGUAUGAGCUUUUGCUAUUGGAGUUUAGCAGGUGUCGAGUCUGGUGACAUCGAGGAUUAUUAAGCCAUCAGACUAAUCAACUCUCUCGUAUCUUGUUGACUUCCACAAUAUUGCGACUUUCAACUAAAACAAUUCCAAGAAAAAGUAAAAGACAACACCUUAUACUUCGGAGUCUGCAUGAAUCUAUUAGGUAAUUAGGUUUGAAGAUUAAGUUACAUUCCGAGUCUUUAGGAUUAAGCUAAAAUAAGUUAGUUAAGAUAAAUAUAAAUCUGCUGAUUAAUAGAGAUAAGUUUACUUAAUAGGAAUAAGUUUGAUUUUCCUUUUAUUUCGAUCAUAAGUUCUUAUAUAAGACCAUCGUUGUAUUACUCUGUUUCUUAACACAGAGCUUUUGAUU